AUGGGAUUCGGAAGUAAUAAAAAUCAACAACGUAAGGGAAGAUGGGCUAAAUGGGAGGAUGAUUUAUUGAAAACCCUCGUAACUGAACAUAGCGUUGAUAGUGACGAUAUCGAUUGGUCUAUCCUGGAAAAACAUUUUGAUGGUAUGAGAGACUCCAAACAGAUUCGAGAGAGAUGGGUCAACCAUUUAACUCCUUCAAAUACUUGCUAUUAUGAUGAAUCUAAUUUAAGUAGAAGUAGCAGUGCUAGAACAGUCGUUAAUGACAAUUAUUCUCCUAAUUUAUCAAGGAAUAGUAGUUUAAAAGAUAAAACUUGCAUGUUAUCCAAUGUUUAUCCGUACAAUUUAAUUUGGUUAGUUGAAUUGGCGUUUCGUGAUACAAUUUUUUAUAAAAACGCAGUAUACAAUGAACCACGAUGUCCUACUUCAAGUAUACAAUUGGACACAAUUAGUUUAAUGGUAACUAGGCACAACUUUGCAGCUGCCCUUGGAUCAACUGGGGAAUAUUCCAUUGGGGCAUCCCUUUAG